AUGAUGCCCGCCGGAACUAUCGACCUAAUGCACCUCGUUUUACCGUGGCCAAGAACCGUAACGCACCAUGAGAUCGUCUUGCAUCCCAAUGUCCUUGUAAUGGGGAAUGCUAGCAUGCGGGAGACUGCAUGGCUAGACUUGGACAUUCGUAUGCAGCGUGACGAGGCACAAUUGCGCUUUCUGCGGAUGCUAAUGGGUGGGCUCAGUCACCUAGCUGUUGCAUUCCAUUUCAGCCUUGCUUCUUCCACCGAAAUCGAGGAAAUGUUCCUCCCGUCCCAAAGAGGGACCAGAUCAAGGAAACCAUUCAAUUUUCUCCAUUUGCCAAAGGAAUUACGACUUGAUAUAUACGACUGCUUACUUGAGAGAGAGCACCAGGAUAGGUCGAACACAAUCGGCGGCGAGUCCGCAAAAGUGACUUUUGUGCUUUCAAGUCCGAUCCCGCCAAUCCACCUCACAUGUAAGCAACUCUACGAUGAGGUAACAGCAUACCUGCGACCCAAAAUCUCAGGCAUGGCAGAACAUCCAAGUACGCCGUGCCUCAUUGUACAUGAAAGCCCUUCGCGCCCUCUGGUACGUCUCGUCAACGAAGUUUUCCUUCAGCUCGCCUGGGCACAAAUACUCAAGACCUUACCGGAUGUGAAUGAGGGUGGGAGAUCCCUCAAACGAGCGGCCCAGGAUACCCCCGAAGACGAGGUCAACUCCAUCACCGUGUGCCGCUCGAAUGGAUCCUUCUCGAGCUUUUUAACGGACUUGAAUACAUCAUAUCUAAUGAAGAUAACACGACACAUGGACCACCCAAGCUAUCGCAUGAGAAUGGGGUUCCCGACUUCAGGGCAACUCCAUGCUCAUACACCGCCUCUAUCUCACACGUUAAAUAUCACAGAAGAGUCAACUAGAGAGCCCAGACAGACACUACAUGUUGCCAUUUCGGGUAAACACGACGACUUCGACUUAUCCGAGUUUCUUCCCAUGCUGGGUAUUAGCUGUGCCACUCACUGUCGCCCUGCAGUGGUCUAUAUCGCUCGUCCGGAUAAUUUGGCUUCUGUGAUGACCAAGAAUCUUAGUAGGUGGCUGGACUUCAAGGGCGAGGUUGGUGCAAAGAUCAUUGACGUCUACAAGAACCAAUCAGAGAUGGGGUUAGAGUGGACGAUCAGGCCGACGGCUUGCACGACCACGGCCACGAUGAUACAGGGGACACGUUGCUGGCUGAAGCGCAAUCGCACCAACUUUGCCAUCGGGGCUGGGGUACUGGGCGCGGGUUAUCUGGCGGGGCAGUAUGUCUUGGGGAAGCUCGGGGAGGCGCGACAACGCAUGAGUGAUGAUCGCAUUGCAAAGGAGAAUCUACGCCGUCGAUUCGAGCAGAACCAGGAGGACUGCACAUUCACCGUCCUCGCUAUCUUGCCCACAGCGACCGAGAACAUCCUCGAGGCGAUACCGGUCGAACAAGUGCUAGAGGAACUGCAGAAGCAAAAGGCUGAACGACUCUCACGAAGCGUAGGGACAAGCGAGAUUGCGAGCUCAGCACCGCCUAGUGUGGCAGACACGCCGAGCAUCGCAGACACAAACGAGGAUGACACGCACAGCUCGAGUCUACAGACAGACAGCUUCGUUCACGCGAGCCAGGUGGUCACUGAUGGUGACAGUGGGGCUGGACCCGUUGAGAGCGCCCAAGGGUCUGGCGAGGGGAAGAAGAGCAAGAAGAGCAAGGCGCAACUUUGGAAUGAGAUGAAGAUCAGCUCGAUAACACGAGCCUUUACCCUCAUCUACACCAUUUCUCUUCUCACACUGCUCACCCGCAUUCAACUGAACCUCCUCGGCCGCCGCAACUACCUCGCCUCAGUCGUUUCUCUUGCUGCACCCCAGUCUACCACGGAAGCCUCACGCAUCAACCUCGAAAACAACGACGAUGACAAUUUUGACCAAGCGUAUGGCAACGACUUCGAGACUAAUCGACGCUAUUUGAGUCUGAGCUGGUGGCUUUUACACAAGGGAUGUAUAGAUCUGAUUGGCAAAGUACGGGUUGCAGUCAAGGAGGUCUUUGGCAUGCUGAACCCGCGCGAAGAGAUCACCAUUGAGAAGCUGACGUGCAAAUGGCUCUCUUUCCUAUUACCGCCACAAGAUCAAGAAGACUACGUCCUACGCGAAUCAGGCAUGACUUCAUCUUCCGAAUCGACUUCACCCACCACUGCAACAUCUCUCCGCCGCCUUAUAGACGAGACAUCCGACCUCAUCGACUCCCCCGCCUUCACCCACGUCCUCACUCUCAUUCUUGACGCCGCCUUCUCCCACCUCGUUGAUACAAAGAUCUCCCAACUAUCCUACAAAAUCCCACCAAUUUCAGAUAACCACGCCCGCGUUCAGGAGAUUGUCGGCGGUGAUGUCAAAGCAAAGGUAGCCAAUAGCUUGGCAGUCUUCUGUAGACAGGCCCACAACAUUGGCAGUGGCGCAAACAACGAGUACCUAGCCGCCAUUGAGCAGGUCAGGGAUCUCGAGGCAUUUGCAGCCGUGGUUUACUCCAGCAACUUUGAGUUUGAGAGUCCGGAGAUUGCGGCGCCCGACAGGCCAGGCACCGCGACUGCACCAUCUCCAUUGAAGCCGCAGUCGACGAGUCUGGUACCAGAGAAUGAAUUCGAGAAUGUGACGAUCAAGUCGGCACAGUCUGCUGAAGCCGAGUUUGAGAGUGCGUGGGGCAAAGCAUUGGCAAAGGAGGACGGGCAGCAGCAUUGA